AUGAAACAGAAUGAGGGAGUGGGCUCGUCAACAAAGAAGACACGUUUGUUAUCGCGGUCAGUUGCUGGCGCGGAGGAUGUACAGCUGGAUGUGGCUGUGAUUGUUGCGAGAUUGAUUGAGGUACUCGGCACCGGGAUUUUUGCACCUCUGCUCAGUGCUAACGAGAUGCCUUCAUCGCUAUUUCUGGUCGGUACAAAAGAACGUCGUCGUCCAGCUGCUGAUCUCGCUGAGCCUGCACCUCCUGAACUCGAGCCUUGA